GUUUAAAAAGUUUAGAAGAUAUUGAUGUUUUUGUAAUAACAACAACUAAAGGUUCAUGCGAUUUGCUGUUGAUUGAUAGAAAGACCUGUUUUAGACAAGUUUGAUGUUAGAGAAGUCAAUCAGCUGUUAGGAGAUAAACCGAAGGAUCUUGAAAGUCGCAUCGGAAAGAAAUGGUGAUAUGAGUCGUUUAAUGCAGUCUGUUAUUGUAAUCUCUUUGAUGAUUCUGCCUGGAAUACCAUCCAAAGAAGACUGCCCAGAACAGUGCGAUUGUACAAAUGGGACAACACUUCAUGUAAAUUGCCAGAUUACAAACUUCACAUCUCUACAUCUACCUCAAAACACUCGCACAUUAGAUCUAUCCAAUAACAAUCUAACCAGAGUGCCAUCUCAGCUGUUGGCAGGUGUGCUGGAACUUAGCUCUUUGUUGUUAUCAAGUAACAAGAUAACUGAGGUUCACGGCAAAGCCUUCAGAGAUCUAAAGAACCUCACGUUUCUCAACCUUAGUCACAAUGCCAUUCAAGUCUGGGACGCUGCUCCAUCGGAUUUCAAGUCACUGAUCGAGAUUGAUAUAACAUCCAGUCCAACAUGGCUUCCAGAAAAACUAGUCAAUAUAACUUCGCUUCAAAUGAWACACGGCGUAACAUGGAGCAACUCUUGUGUUAAUUGUAAUUUAAAAAAACAUUCCUUGCCACUACCACCAAAGGAAACGCUCGCGAACUGCAACCAGGCCGCCAUGUUUUAUUCCCUACGAUUUUACCCAAAAUGCAGCAACGACGAGUGUAAGAUGAAAUGUCACAGCGAUGGACCACAAUAUGAUGAAGUAGCAAAGAAAACGAGCUCCAGACGCUUCUUGGCUUAUAUUGCAGGAUAUGUCAUAGGCGGUAUGGCUAUCUGUGCUAAUCUUGUAGUGUUGGUUAACAUUUUCCUGUCAAAAGCCUUACAGCGUGACCUUUCCAUGAGUUUAGUUUCUAACAUGGCCGUAUGCGACAUUAUGAUUGGUUUAUAUUCCAUCAUCAUAUCUAAACACACUAUCUAUGGAAUGGCACUUAAUGCUGAUUGGUCAGAAAAUACCACAGUAGAUCAAGGUUGGCCAUUUUGCCGCGUGGCAACUGUGUUGAUGACAACAGGCGAGAUGGUGUCCGUUGUAGCGUCCUUGCUCCUCACUGUGGAAAAAUAUACAUGCAUUGUUUAUUGCAUGAAUCCUAGCGUCAGACUCAGGAAGAAUCACGUGAUCAUUAUCAUGACGACAAUAUGGGUAGCCUCGCUGUUGUUCUCCCUGUCACCGUUGUAUGGAUUCGUAAAGCUGAAGUACAGCCCCUCUCUUCUGUGCACCAUGCCCUCUAACCGUGAUGACGCCGAUCCUACAUUUAUCAUCUACCCGUGUGCGUUGAUCUUCUACAAUUACCUCUUAAUGAUCCCAAUGUACAUGCACAUCUUUGUUGUAGUUCGUCGAUCCAGCACUCAAAUGAGUAUUCACAGGAACGCUGCUCUGGCUAAAAAGGUCUUAAUCAUGAUUGGUUCAAAUUUUGUAUUUUUUGCCGUCCCAAUGAGCCUUCUAGUUGUUUAUGUGGUUCGUUACAAAGGACAUGAAACAACCUCACUUGAUGAAAAAGUGGAGCACUUCGUUAUCUAUGAAUUGCUUCCCGUCAUUCUCUUGGCGCUAAACUCCUUUCUGAACCCAUUCCUAUACGCUUUCAGAUAUCGAAAGUUUCAAAUCGAGUUUAAGUCACGAAUGCGUGGUAUGUUUGGUGGAGGUCAUCUUCGAGUCCAGCUGCGUCGAGCUCUGUCAGCAAUCACCACCACUAACAUAUCACUAUCCUCCCCGACAACCAAAACCGGAGGGUAUAAAUUCGACAAUCCACUCGACUACGACGAAUCCAAACGUCAAAGCAUGAAGAGAUUGCACGUAGCUAACGUGGAAUCAGCAAUCGCUCUACGCGGCGUGACGGCAAAUAACUCACGUGCAGCACAUGACAAUGAUGUGGUUGAAAGAUAUUUGUGAUACUUGUCUUAUCACUCUCUCUUGGUGCCUUGGGUUGGAAAUUGCAACUACUAAACAAUGGAAAAACCUCAAAGUAAUGAUAAUCUAUAGAACAAGGAGCAGCAGUAGAAAUAUGCAGAUUGUUUUUAGAUUCACUUUGAAAUCUUCCAGUGAUAUUGCUUUAACCUAUUCUAUCAGAAUAUUUAUUCCAUUCUUGGUGUGCAAGUUACGUCAUCACCGCCAUUUGGAUAAAAAUCACAAAGCAUUCCUCAUUAGUUUCUCUUGUUCAUUCAUCCAACAUGGCGGCGAUAGCUUUGUUCUUUAUUUCUCAGGGGAUUCCUUGUCACUGUGGUUGCACACCAAGAAUUAUUUGCUCGAUCGAUAUAUUUUAUAGAUAAUUACAUGAUAAAUUCAAGCAGGUCAUCCAUUGACAAUCACCGUGUAAAAGUGACUGACAAGAUGAACUUACAUUCUACGUAUAAGAGAGUUUUUUGACAUUCGGCAAUUUUAGGCAAUAUCCAGCUAUACAUUUAUAAGGGUGAUUAAUUUCCACUAAAACGUUAAAACGCAAAAUAUAACAACAACAUGUUAAUCAUUCGUAUUACUAUAUACCAUUUUACAUAGAUAUUGUUGAAAAUAGCAGGAUUUGUUUUACGAAACACUAUACAUCAUUGUAUAUAUACGUUUAGCGCUAAGUAAAUAAACUUAAAUAAAUUAUAAAAUUAUAGAA